CGGUCCCGGAUCGUGGAUAAAUAGAAGGCUUCCUCCCUCCCAUCAACAAACUUUUCCUGUCUCUUCUCAUCAUCCCAAAGCUCACCAUAGCAAUAGCCACUCUUUAGACUCCCACUUCCAAACUACUUAAUAUCUCAUUCCUUGUCUUUUCCCGAGACCCCUCUCAACCCAACCUAAUUCAAGAUGUUCUCCCUCAAGACCGUUGUCCUGGCCCUUGCCGCCGCCGCCUUCGUCCAGGCCAUCCCCGCCCCUGGUGAGGGUCCUUCCGUCUCCAUGGCUCAGCAGAAGUGCGGUGCCGAGAAGGUCGUCUCUUGCUGCAACAGCAAGGAGCUUAAGAACUCCAAGUCUGGUGCCGAGAUCCCCAUCGACGUUCUCAGCGGCGAGUGCAAGAACAUCCCGAUCAACAUCCUCACCAUCAACCAGCUCAUCCCCAUCAACAACUUCUGCUCGGACACCGUUUCGUGCUGCUCCGGCGAGCAGAUUGGUCUGGUCAACAUCCAGUGCACUCCUAUCCUGAGCUAAAUGGCUUAAUGUCUUUACCGACAUCUAGCUAUUUUCUCACAUCAGGGAUGCAUGCGAUCACGAGGGGAUGAUGGUGGUGGAGGACGUUUGGAGUUUCUGUGAGGGAGCCGGAGUCCGGCGAUCAGCGUUGAGUGAAAGCCGGUCCUGGCUGCUGGGGGCCCUGGUUUCGUCCUAAGCACCUGGCGGCCGUGGAAUGGCUAGGCACACAAUCCGCCGGAUCCUGUCUCGCCUGAGGGAUUGAUGUCAAGUUUUGGAAGCAUCUGGAAGGAUGCCCGCUAGAGAAGUCUCUUCUCGUUCCACUCAUUUAAUAAAACCCCUUCCAGACCU